CAUUCCCACCCUUGGUUCCGCCCCAUUUCCACUCUGAAAGCAAGCUACAAUUUUGUGUGGCCACUUUGGGCAAUGGCCACAACCUUUAGCUGGUUUAAAAUAUUGACAACAAGCUGGUAAAGCCUCCUACUCUGCAUAACAAACAGUAGGUGGUUUGGCUUCGGGAGGCGCGUUGACCGGUGAAUGCAUAGAGUCAAGAAGGUCAAGAUUUGCGAGACUAAAGAGGGUAUCUGGAAAAGCUGUGUUACAGUUAAAAUGACGGCUGUGGACGACCUAUCGGACAGCACAGAGGUGGUGGAGAUGGAGGACGUGCCCUCUCAGUUCUUUGUGGAGAAACACUCGUGGGAAGGACUCCGUGACAUCAUCCAUUGUAGCAGGAAGUACUCGGGCAUGAUUGCCAACAAGGCUCCACAUGACUUCCAGUUCGUGCAGAAGAAGGAUGACAACGCUCCCCAUUCCCACCGGUUAUAUUACCUCGGAAUGCCUUACGGAAGCAGAGAGAACUCGUUGCUCUACUCAGAAAUCCCAAAGAAGAUCCGCAAAGAGGCACUCUUAGUUUUGUCGUGGAAGCAAAUGCUUGAUCAUUUCCAGGCGACGCCACACCAAGGAGCCUACUCACGAGAGGAAGAACUGCUGAGGGAGCGUAAACGCCUCGGCGCAUUUGGAAUCACCUCUUAUGACUACCACACACAGACGGGCCUGUUCCUCUUCCAGGCUAGCAAUAGUCUGUUUUACUGUCGCGACGGAGGCAACAAUGGCCUCAUUCAGUCCGCACCUGUAAAGCCUGUUGAGAUCAAGACCCAGUCCUCAGGCACCCGGAUGGAUCCAAAGAUCUGCCCGGGAAACCCCGACUUCAUAGCGUUCAUCAACAAUAAUGACCUGUGGAUAGCUAACAUUAAGACUGGAGAGGAAAAGAGACUCACCUACUGUCACAAAGGUGUGGAUAACGUCAAAGAAGACCCCAAGUCAGCAGGUGUAGCAACAUUUGUCAUCCAAGAAGAGUUUGAUCGUUUUACUGGCUACUGGUGGAAUCCCUCAGCAGAGGAAGAUUCGAGUGGAGUGAAAACAGUGUAUCUACUUUAUGAGGAGGUAGAUGAGACGGAGGUAGAAAUUAUUCAUGUGCCAUCUCCAGCCCUGGAAGAGCGCAAAGCAGAUGCUUACAGAUACCCCCGCACAGGUAGCAAAAAUCCCCAGGCCACACUCAAACUUGCAGAGAUCAAGACAGACCAUCAAGGCAGAAUUGUGAGCAUGCAAGAUAAAGAGCUGGUCGUCCCCUUCACCUCCUUAUUUCCAGGGACAGAAUACAUCGCCAGGGUAGGAUGGACAAGUGACGGCAAAUAUGGCUGGGCAGUUUUGCUGGACCGCAGUCAGAGAAAACUGCAGCUCGUCCUGCUCCCUCCUUCUCUCUUCAUCCCGGUUUCAGAUGAUCCAGCUCAGAGGCAGGCCAGUCUGGAAGGAGUCCCUGCUAACGCACAACCAUAUAUAGUCUAUGAAGAGACCACCGACAUCUGGAUUAAUGUCCAUGAUACAUUUUAUUCAUUUAUUCAAACGUCAGAUGAAGAGUUUAGUUUCAUUUGGAUUAAUGAGACUAAAACAGGUUACAGUCAUCUGUAUAAAAUCACAUCCCUGUUACAACCUAGUUGCGCCAAAUGGACAGAGGAUUACCAGCACAUAGAAGGACAAUUUAAAUGUACGAUCAAGGAGGAAGUUGCGUUGACCAGCGGAGAAUGGGAAGUGCUUGCCAGGCAUGGGUCAAAGAUCUGGGUAAAUGAGAUUACAAAGUUGGUGUAUUUCCAAGGCACGAGAGACACUCCACUGGAGCAUCACCUGUAUGUGGUCAGCUAUGACUCACCAGGGGAUGUGGUCAGACUAACCAAGCCUGGCUUUUCUCAUAGCUGCUCCGUUAGUCAAAACUUUGACUUUUUUGUCAGCCACUACAGUAAUGUGAGUACACCUCCCUGUGUUCACGUCUACAAAUUGACCAGCUCAGAAGGUGACUCCUUUCACACCGCACCCGAAGUCUGGGCCAGCAUGAUGGAGUCGCCAGGUUGCCCAGGAGAUUACAACCCGCCUGAGAUUUUUGACUUUCCCAGCAAGUCUGGCUUCCGGCUUUACGGCAUGGUUUACAAGCCUCACAACCUGCAGCCCGGCAGGAAGCAUCCGACUGUGCUCUUUGUGUAUGGAGGCCCACAGAUGCAGUUGGUCAACAACUCCUUCAAGGGGAUGAAGUACCUCCGCCUGAACACGCUGGCCUCAUUGGGCUAUGCUGUAGUUGUCAUUGAUGGGAGGGGGUCUUGUCAGAGGGGCCUUGAAUUUGAAGGCGCUCUUAAAAACAAAAUGGGACAAGUGGAAAUCGAAGACCAGGUGGAGGGCCUGCAGUAUGUGGCCGAUAAGUUUAACUUUGUAGACCUCAGCCGUGUAGCCAUCCAUGGUUGGUCUUAUGGCGGCUUCCUGUCUCUCAUGGGCCUCAUCCAGCGACCGAACGUAUUCAAGUUGGCCAUUGCAGGUGCCCCGGUGACUGUAUGGAUGGCGUAUGACACGGGCUACACGGAACGCUACAUGGACGUGCCCGAAAACAACCAGCAGGGCUACGAGGAAGGCUCUGUGGCUCUGCACGUGGACAAGCUGCCCAGCGAGCCCAACCGUUUGCUGAUUCUACACGGAUUUCUAGAUGAAAAUGUGCACUUUUUCCACACCAAUUUCUUGGUGUCACAGAUAAUUCGUGCUGGGAAGCCCUAUCAACUUCAGGUCUACCCAAACGAGCGACACAGUAUCCGCUGCCCAGAGUCUGGAGAACACUAUGAGAUAAUGCUGUUGCACUUUCUACAACAAUACCUCUGAAAUGAUACAAAAUGUCCUCCUCUCUCCAGCUCAGUGCCCGACUGGACACUUGCUGUCCGCCUUCUCUGAUCACAAACUUAAAUCCCGUGACCCCUCAUUCGUCUGUUGCUGUUUCACCUUUUUUCUCUCUUUCGUGUGCAGUGUGUGCUGUCGUUCACCAAUGCAGCGAUUUGGUGAACAAAGACAAGGACAUUUGGAAUUGUAUGCGCAGACUGUCACACAGAGUGAUCAUAUUCACUCUCUUCUCCUCCUUCCUCCUCAUCCUUGCCACCCUGCCCGCUUUAAAAUUGUGUCUUUUACCCACUUGUGUCAGUAGUAGGAAAGAGCAGUUCACGGAUAUUCAAAUGGAAAUCUACAUACAUAGUUGCACACGUUAUACAGUACAUAAUAUAUGUGUUAAAUACAGUUUAUUGCAGAUGAGCAGAAAUCUCCAUACCUAAUGUGAGUCGGUGUAUGUAACAUGAAUUGGAAGAAAGUCUCUUCCCAUGUCCACUUGUUUUAAGCGCGUUUAAAAUAAAAUAUUUUUAUGGAUUUUUAUUAUUAUUUUAAAUGAAAUCUGACAGAGGCCAACUCAUUGCUGUUUUCUGUCCCCUUACAUUACAUCGUUCAAGAUAUCUGCUUGCCUUCUCAACACAUAAUUUAUAUUGGCCAAAGUUCCUCUUGACUUUGAUCAUCCGGUAUUUGCAUUUUUUUUUUCCCAUUUUUUGUUUUUUUGUUUUUUACUGCAAUACAGAAGGUUGAGCACUGGAGGCUUACAAACAGCGUUGUACCACCAGAAUACAAUUUGUACAUGACAAUAAAUAAAUGGAUGAAUCAAUCACAA